GUUAAAUGAAACUUGGCCAAUUUGUAGUUUACAUGGAGUUACCGUAAACACACAGCCACAAUGAUCCAGUAAAAUUAUUUGGUUUCUAGAGGGUAGCUUUAAAACCUAAACAAUGAUUAUGGAUAACGGAUGAAUCGUCUGAAUAUGGAUAGUGACGCUGAUGAUACUAGACCCAUAGUACCACAUAACUCUGUGAUAGACUGCCGUUUGCCUUCAUCAGCCAGUCGACCUGUGUUUACCCAGCGAGGAAGUCGCAAAGACACUAACGUCUACAAAAACAAAGGUCCUCAAACAAAUAUCACUGAUGGAAAAGCUGCUAUUGAGAGCCUAAAGUCUCGUUUAUACGAUGGACCAGAGAACUCGGAUGUUUAUAAGACGGUCCUUCGGCCUCCACUUCAAAGUGGCGAAGCUCAAUCAAAGGUUCCCCAUCCUCCAUCUAUGGCUGCACAAAGAAGUGCUACUGCAUUCAGAACUACAAUGUUCAGAAGGGAUUUUAACAGGAUUCAGAUGCAGAGAAGUCAAAUUCAGAGUAAACAAGCCUCACAACCUAAACAAUGGGGACGCAAGACUUUGGUACCAAUGGAAGAGGUGCCUAAGGUCCCUGACACAGGAUUAGGAGAAAUACCUCCUCAACUUUUAGCUGGGCCUACAAGAGAUAAAGUUCUUGAUGAUGCUAAUGAGCUGCUGCAAUCUGCUAAAGAUGAGAUCUCAUCUUUACCAUUAUCUGGUACCUCGAGAAGUGGCUUGUCUUCUGCCAGUUCUCAAUCUUCAGAUAAACCUAGCAGACCCUUUUCUGGCAAAUCAGACUCUGACACAUCUCAUUUUAUGGCACCAUCAUCUUCUGCUUGUCUUGACACCAAUCACAACCCUUUAACACCACCAAGAUCAUAUGGUCUUCCAGAUGAUGAUCUUUAUUUAGGCUUGGAUGUGAUGGAUGUUAUCAGAAAACUCCGAAGUCGUCUAAAAAGAAGUACAGACUUGGAAGCAAUAGCGAAUGGAAUUGACUUAGACAAUGAUGAAAAUAACUUACAAAAGCUAUACAUCAAAGAAGACGAUGGCAAGUUCUUGUAUUGUUUACCAAAGAAUAGAGAGCUAAGGGCUGCAAGGUAUAAGCCUUAUGAUCUUGUGUGUGUUACAUCUGAGGAUGCCCAGAAGUAUGCACAGUAUUUUACAGUUACAUCGUCAGCUGUCACCCAGGUUAAAAAUGGCUAUGACUCUGAUAUCACACUGAUGGAAAGAUGGUUGUAUGAGAGGAAGAUGUUCAAUAGAAUAUAUGAAAUGUUUGUCUUUGGCAAAUUCAGGAUAUGGAAGGCCUUCACAACUUGGAAAAAUAAUGUUAGGUUUCACAAGAAUUCUGAAAGCAAGGAGGAUAUUAAAAAGACAUUGUUUUCUGUAGAGGAAAUUUCACAAGCUGCUAUCCUGAAGAUAAGAGCUUUGUGUGAGAAUGCAUCUAGUAGUAUUACUGGUGUUGGUUCUAAAGAUGAUGGUAUCUCAUUCUAUCUUGUGGAAAACCAAGUAACCUUUUCACUGGAAGAGUUCUGUGCCACACAGACCAAACAAGUUGAAAAAGCAAAGGAACAGCUGUUGACAUUAAGGAGGAAGGCCCUGGAAAUCGUCAAAGAAGCCUGUGAGAAAAUUGUUGAAAAAGAAGGUCUUGUGGAGUGGAUACACCCCGAAAGGAAGAAACUCCAAGAAGAACCAAAGUUUAAGGCAGACAAAAAAGACCCAGCCAUUGCAGACAAAGAAGACCCAGCCAAAGCAGAUAAAAAAGACCCAGCCAAAGCAGACGUGAAAGCCGCAAAAGAAGAUGAGAAGAAACCCUCCUUCACACAGAUGGCACAGUGGCGUGGAGUAUUGCACAGAAUCACCCGGUUUAUUCGUGUUAUCGACUUGCUGCUGAUGGAGCUGUUGCGUCGGUUGGUUUUGGUUGGGUUGCGAACUCUGGCAGCUCAGUUGCAGUCUUCCUGCGUCCUCGGUCCACCGGUACAGCUAAGUCUUAUGGAGACAACUGAGGAGGAACAAAUCUUGCUCCGUCUCAAAAAGACAGACUCCUUGCUAAACAGAUUGGAAAAGCAAAGUGGUGCAGAGGCAGCUGCAUUAUUCCGGGUUGCUCUUGUGCUUAAUGUUCCAGAAAGAACUGAUGCUGAUAGCAAAAGCUCAGGUCAAAAAAAGUUUGUGACAUUCCAAGAUGAUGCGUCCUCGCCGCAGCCAGAGGAAGAUGAAACAAAGUCGAGUCGGAAGUCCUCCUUAGACUCACCGCCAGAAAUAGCGACUGCACAAGGAAGCAUCGCAUCAUCAUCAGAAGUAGAGAGCUCGUCAAAGUCUACAGCUGUGCAAAACUCUGAUCCGAAGUACCCUUAUAUCACCAUGAGUCCCACGCACGAGGAGUUCGAAAACGGUCUCCUGAAUGUAAUAUAUGGUUUCGAGCUAGCUGCAGCAUCAUUCAAAAGUCUGGUGCGAGACAAGGAACUCGCCGUGUACACGACUCCACCAGGAAGUGACGUAGUGUUUGCUCUGUCACGUGACGUGGAGGAGGAAGAGAAGGCGCAGAAAGUUCCCUGGCCAGACACCGAGCUGCUGUUUGGAGAAGAUGCAGACUACCAGUCUGACGUUUCUCAUACAAUACAGCUCGUGAAGGACGAGGCCGACAGUGUUUUGAACUACGCCAAGAAAUUCCGAAGAUUUUGUAAAAUGGUGGAUCGUUCGAGAGGCGUGGAUGUUGAUGGUUCUCUGAAAGAGCGUGAAUGGAACACUGAGGAGUUCUAUUCUGUGUUAAACUUGCACACAGAGCAGGUUUUGGAGAUGAAUGACAUGGUACUUGUCAAGCGCGUGGGUCUGUUUAGUGUGGAGACUGAUGGUUUCCAGCAAGCCUCUCUCCCCUUUCCGCAGAAAGUGCUAUCGGCUGUUGGGCGUCAUCUCCCUGUCAUCGCGGCCAGAAGGAACGAUGCGCUUCUUACCGUCAUCAAGCACGCAUCUCGUAAACUAGACAAGACGCCUGAGAGCGUCGAAGACUUUGUAGAGCACCUGGUUUUCCUUGCACGCAUGGCCAGCGAUAUCACAUCCUUGGAGCGGGAAUACGUUAUCGUCACUCGGCUCUACUCUAUCGCCAGGAACUUUGACUUGCCGAUACCGCCUGAAGAGUUAGCGCUUUAUCAAAUGCUAAUGCCUAGCUUCCAACACCUCAAGUCUACUAUUCUUUACUGUGAAGCAAAGAGGGACGAAAAUAUUCAACGUUUUACCCGAGAAUUGGAGGAGCUAAUAUCCAAUGUUCGCCGAGAGCUGGUUGUUAUCAAGAACAAGGUUCGCUCUCCUAUUCUUCUUGAGGCGGACAACAUUCCACAGGUGACCAUAGAGACCCUCAAGUUCCUCAGUGAAGAGCUGGAGGCUAUUACUACCAAAGCCAAAAGCUAUGCAUCUUAUCAGGAGCGCUUCUGCAACUCCAUGUCGGCCACAUUCCAGAAGAAAGCCUUGGUAGAAGGUAAGAUGGUCUCCAGCCAGGGUUCAGCGCAAGCCGUCUCACUACAGACUGAGGUAACAGAGGUAGAUAAAGAUCUUGCGCUGCGGCGGCUACUAUGGGAGGCCACUCAAGAAUGGCAGGGUCUGGUGGAGCAAUGGGAAGCGACGCCAUUUGACCUUCUCAGCACUGAAAACGUGCAAAAAGAUGUCACCCGAUUCAUCCAGACGGUUUACUUGCUGGAAAAAGGUCUGCCACCAAAUAGGGUGGUGCCACGCCUGAAGCAGAGAGUGACCAGCUUUAAACUUGGAAUGCCAGUCAUAACGAGUCUGCGUAAUCCCGCGCUUCGUACACGUCACUGGGAAGCUGUGCAGGACGUCAUAGGCACGCGACUAGUCCGAGACAAGUACUUCACGCUUGGAAAUCUACUGCAACUGAAUGUGUUUCAACAUAAGGAAAAGAUUUCGGAGAUUUCCUCCCAAGCCAGUAAUGAAGCGACUCUAGAACUAAUGCUGCAAAAGGUCAUGGAUUUCUGGAAUUAUACAGACUUCAAUCUUAAAGCGCAUUCAUCACGUGACAUCGCGGUGAUCGCGGGCGCGGAUGAUAUCAUCACAGCCCUGGAGGAGAGUCAGGUGACCUUGGCCAAUAUCCGAGGGUCACGCUUUGUCACGCCAAUCAAGGCACUCGUGGAAGAAUGGGACCGCAAGCUUCAUCUAUUUUCACGCACUCUGGACGAAUGGUUGAUGUGCCAGCGUAACUGGCUGUAUCUAGAGACCAUCUUCACCGCAGCAGACAUACAGAGGCAGCUACCAAAUGAGGCCCGUCUAUUUGCCCAAGUUGACAAAUCAUGGAGAGAUAUUAUGAGAAGAACCAUCGAUAAACCAAACGCUGUGAAAGCCGCAACUGCUGCCGGCGUCUUGGAGGUUCUGCAAGCCAGCAACUUUCAUCUUGAGAAGAUUCAUAGGUGCUUGGAGGAUUAUCUAGAGACAAAAAGGCUGGUCUUUUCUAGAUUCUACUUCCUCAGCAAUGAAGACCUUUUAGACAUCUUGGCCAACAACAAAAACCCCAACGCAGUACAGCCUCACUUGCGCAAGUGCUUUGACAACAUUCACCAACUUGAAAUAGUGCGCCAGGCGCACUCGCCUCCUCAGAUCCAGUUUAUGAUUAGCGAGGAGGGUGAGACAGUCAAUUUACCCAAGACCUUGCGUGCUCGUGGAAAUGUGGAAUCAUGGCUGUUGAAUGUGGAGAAUGCCAUGUACGAAACGGUAAAGCUGCAUUUUAAGACGGCCCUUUCGGAUUUAAACAACACCAGCUACACGAACUGGGUGCUUGGCCACCCUGGGCAGGCUAUAUUGACUGUCUCUCAAAUUAACUUCAACCGUAACGUCCUGGCCUGCUUCCGGACCCUUCGACCCAAAGACUCAUUACAGAGCAUGCGCGAGAAGCUAGUCUUACGAUUGACGACUCUGUCUCAACUCGUGACGUCACUACUCCCACUUCACAAGCGCCAAUUACUGGAAUCUUUGCUCACGCUAGAAGUGCAUGGUCGAGAGGUCCUGGACCUUAUGAUCAGCAAUCAUGUAGCAAGCCAAGAAGAUUUCGAUUGGAUCAGGCAGCUCCGAUAUGAGUGGCGGGACGAUCAGAAUGCCUGUGUUGUGUGCCACUGUGACGCUGUCUUUGACUAUGGCUACGAGUACCUUGGGUGUUCCUCCCGGCUCGUCAUCACACCGCUGACUGACCGCUGCUUUUUGACGCUGACUGGGGCUCUUAACCUGCACUUGAAUGGAGCACCUUCAGGCCCCGCCGGCACCGGCAAAACGGAGACGGUCAAGGAUCUAGCCAAAGCAUUAGGGAAACACUGUCUUGUAUUCAACUGCUCAGAAGAACUGGACUACAAGAUGAUGGGUAAAUUCUUUUCUGGCGUCGCGCAAUCCGGCUCAUGGAUUUGCUUUGACGAGUUUAACCGGAUUGACGUUGAGGUUCUAUCCGUGAUAGCGCAGCAGCUACACUCCAUCAAGCUGGCUAAAGACAACAAUGCCACAAGGUUUCUGUUUGAGGGACGAGACAUCAAAAUGACUCCUAGUUGUGGCGUGUUUAUCACGAUGAAUCCCGGGUAUGCUGGUAGAGUUGAGCUUCCGGAUAACCUGAAGUCCCUGUUCCGCCCGGUAGCGAUGAUGAUCCCUGACUACGCACUCAUUGCCGAGAUUAUCCUGUUCUCUGAAGGUUUUACUACGGCAGCCAUGCUGUCACGCAAAGUGUACAACUUGUAUCAGCUCGCCAGCAAGCAACUCUCUCAGCAGGAUCAUUAUGACUUCGGGCUUCGCGCCAUCAAGUCCGUGCUUUUGAUGGCUGGGCAGCAGCGAAGUGAAUCAAGCCAGCAGAGUGACUCCGAGGAUCUAGAGCAGGAGGAAGCGCACAUUAUCAUGAAUGCGGUCAAAAAAGCGAACAUCCCCAAAUUCGUGGCAGCUGACGUGCCACUGUUCGAGGGAAUUUUGGCCGACUUGUUCCCGGGUAUCACACCACCCUCGCCAGAUAACGCCACACUUGAGAGGGCAGUUCGUUGGUCCCUCAUGGAACUCAACAUCCAGUACUGGCCUAGUCAAGUUGAUAAGAUUGUGCAAAUCUACCAUACCAUACUAGUGCGCCACGGGGUGAUGCUUGUCGGUCCUGCAGGGGGUGGGAAGACGACCGCGAGGCAGAUUCUCAAGCGAGCUUUAGUACUGUUACCCUUGGUGCAGUCGCGCGAACAACACGAAAAACCCGAGGUUGAUGAUAUCCUGUCUGGCAAGAACUCCCAUUCAAUAGCGCGUUCAUCCAAGCUCCGUAAAGGCAAAGUUGAGCUGUCCUCUCUGAACCCUAAGUGCGUUACUGUUGGCGAACUCUAUGGUGAGUUUAACCCUAGCACAAUGGAAUGGACGGAUGGACUGUUAUCCAGUGUGUACCGUCGCUUCGCAAAAGAGAGCAACAGAGGCUCAGAAAUUUCCAAGAAAAUCCGGGAAGAACGCGCAGAAUCUCGUGCAACUACCCCUGCAUCUAGCCGACCCUACUCGGCACGCUCCUACACAACAACUGUGUCUGGUGUCAGCGGAGAUGACCAGAGUGAAGUAGAGACGACUCUCGGAGCAGAUGAAUCUCAGAUGACUUCCUUAGAGGAGGCACACCCCCGGGAGGGGACACGGAACUGGUAUUGGUUGGUGAUGGAUGGGCCUGUAGACACGCUCUGGGUAGAAAGUCUCAACACUGUGCUGGAUGACUCAAAGUUGCUAUGCUUGUCUAAUGGUGAGCGCAUAGGUAUGGGACCAGGUAUGCGGCUAAUGUUUGAGGUGGACCAUCUCGCUAUGGCAUCCCCUGCAACCGUCAGUCGGUGCGGUAUGGUUUACAUGGAACCAGAGGAGCUUGGAUGGAAACCUUACGUGAGAACUUGGAUUCAGAAGCUGAAAGACAAAUCCAAGAUCCCAUCUGAAGCGAGCGACCACUUAUUGCUUUUGUUUGAGUCAAGUGUUGAGCGCGGUCUGCAGUUUGUUCGUCAGUAUGAGGGCUAUCAGCAUAUUCCUGCACCUCCACUUAGCAUGAUAUGCACUCUGUGUGGCAUUAUUUCCGGGUUCUUUGAUCUAAUUAUGGCUAACGGCGGAUUUAACAUCCAAGAACAGACCUUGGUAUCCGAACAUCAGGCAGCCGAAGCUCCCGCGUCUGAGUCUGGAUCUAGUAAAGUGGUCACCUUCGUGGAUGACGCCGAACAAGAGAUGCGUGAGCGGCGGACAUCUUACGUCCAGCGUAACCCUACCCACCUAUUGACCUUUUUGGGCAAGGUCUACGUGUUUGCCUUCACCUGGGCAUUUGGGGGCACGCUGGACUUGCAUGGUGAUGGAGAUGGCGAGGAAGAUGAUAAUGAUAGAUCACUCUCUAUUCGAGAAGUCUUUGACACUUUUGUCCGAGAUCUCUUCAUGAACAACGGCGAUUUAAGCAUCCUGUUACCUGCAGGUCAGGCAACCAUGUUUGCGUACUACAUAGACAUGGAAACAGGAAACUUUGCACGAUGGGACUUACUAGUCCCUGCCACUAGGACGCUUAUUGCUAAAUCUGUGUCAAACCAGUACGCAAUCUCGGACACGCUUAACACACUUGAUGAUCCACCGCCCUUAAGGACAGAAUAUGAUGUUGACCGCUCGUUGGUACCCACUGUUGACACAGUGCGGUACGCAUUCUUAGUAGCUCUGAUGGCCAUGAACAAACACCCUGUGUUGUUGACCGGCGAGUCGGGAGUCGGCAAGAGCACACUGCUUUACGAUACGCUCGCCAGGCUAGCCUCCCCUGGGGGCACUGGUCUAGGGGUAGGCGCCAUCUUGGGUUCGGUGUUCCGUGGUGGUGGUUCUAACUUUGUAGAGAGUCUCAUGGAAGUUGCUGCUUCGGGCCCAAGGAUGACAGCAGAGUCUACCGUGACGUUUGAGAAGAUUCAGUUUUCCGCUCACACCACGGCUUCGAGGACUAGGACCUUCAUUGAGUCGAGGCUUGUCAAGAGAGGUAGAGACGUGCUUGGGCCAAGACCUGGAAAAAAGCUCAUCUUGUUUGUGGACGACCUUAACAUGCCCCAGCCAGACGAGUACAGUUCUCAGCCACCGCUUGAGCUCCUUCGACAGGUCAUGGAUGCGGGCGGAUUCUAUGACGCCAAGAAGCUGUUGUGGAAGGAAUUGCGCGAUGUGACGCUUCUGACCGCCUGUUCUCCUCCGGGAGGUGGCAGGAGCACCCUGAACAAUCGGCUGCUGCGACAUUUCAGCAUGCUUUGCCUUCCUCACCCUUCGACUAAAUGGCUACGUCAUAUCUACAACACUCAACUUGGUCGCUUCCUGGAAAAGGUGGACUUCACGCGCGAGAUACGCGACUCUCGCGAGUGUAUCGUGUCGGUCGCGAUGGGCCUGUACUUUAACUUGAGUGUCAAUUUGCUUCCCACCCCAGCGAAAACACACUAUACAUUCAACCUCAGGGACCUGAGCAAGCUCAUAGAAGGCAUGUUACAAGCGCACCCCACAAUCAUCACCAUUCGUGAGCAUUUCGCCCAGCUCCUAGCGCACGAAGCUUCGCGUGUUUUCCACGACAGGCUGAUUAACCAGGACGACCGAGCCUACUUUUACGACGUUUUAUCCAAGCAGUUGCAUUUGGGCUUCAAGGUGCGCUGGGAACCAGAGAUGCUGCAGGAUGAGCCAAUUAUGUACGGAGACUUCUUCGACACGAACAUGCCACACGGCACAAGGAUUUACAGACUUCUUAGCAACUACGACCGCGUGUUGCACAUCCUACAGGAGUACUACGACAAAGCAAAACUGUCCAGCGGCAACAUGGAGCAGCGGUUUGUGUUCUUUGACAUGGCAGUCCAACAUGUUGCGCGCGCAGCUCGUGUGUUUCGACACCCAGGGAGUCACAUGAUGCUUGUUGGUGUGGGCGGGACAGGCAAAGUCACGGUCGUGCGACUGGCAGCCUUUAUUCAGGAUUGUCGCUUCAUCAAGCCUCAAGUUUCACGCGUCUAUCAGAGAGCCGAGUUCUGGGAGGAUAUAAAGAAGGCGUAUUUCAAUGCGGGUAUAAAGGGGGAAAGCACCGUCUUGUUCCUGACUGAUAGUGUGGCAAAGGACAUGUUUCUGGAAGAUGUAAGCAGUAUUCUAAGCACUGGCGAAGUACCGAACAUGUUUGACCACGAAGACUACGAGAAUAUUUUCCUAGAGCUGAAAGGCGAAGUAUUGCGUAGUGGAAUACAGGACACAAAAGAGGCGACCUUCAACUUCUUCAUCCACCGGGUCAGGAAAAAGCUUCACGUGGUUAUCUCAACUAGCCCUGUUGGUCCUAGCUUCAGGCAGCGCUGCCGUCUCUACCCUUCCCUAAUCAACUGCUGUACCAUCGACUGGUACGAUAAGUGGCCACAAGAUGCGUUACGCUCGGUUGCCGUUUCAUACCUUGAGUCCAUGGAGUUUGAAGUGGUGGAGGUGCCAGAUAAGGCCGCGUUAAAGAGGAGCUUAGCAAGUGCUUUUGUGCAGGUUCACCAAGACGUGGAAGAUGAUACUGACCGGUUCUACAAAGAGUUGCAGCGCCUGUACUACACUACACCUACUAGCUACAUCGAGUUCGUCCAUAUUUUUAUGUUCAUGUUCCACGAAAAGGCGUCCCAGAUAAGCUCCAGCCGAAAGCGUCUGGCCACAGGAUUGCAGAAACUGUCAGAGUCCAACGCGCUAGUCAGCACGAUGCAAGCAGAGCUAAUACAGCUUGGGCCCAAACUUGAGCAGAAAGCCAAGGACACUGAAAAGCUUCUGGAGCAGCUCGCACGAGACCAAAAGGCAGUAGACCAAGUACACAGUGUCGUUCAGAAAGAAGAGGAGUUUAUGAACAAGGAGGCAAUGCGAGUCCAGGCGAUAGCAGACGAGGCGCAGCGCGACCUGGAUAAUGCAAUCCCUCAGCUGCAGCUCGCCAUAUCAGCACUAGACGCACUAGACAAAUCGGACAUCUCCGAGAUUCGGGUCUACACCAAGCCGCCGGCCAUGGUCAUGACCGUUCUAGCAGCCGUGUGUACCUUACUGCAACAAAAACCUGACUGGAAUACGGCCAAGCUGCUACUUGGUGACCAGGGGUUCCUUAAAAAGCUCGUUAAUUACGACAAAAAUAGUGUCCCUGACAAGGUGUUUGUUCGCUUGAAGAAAUACACGCAGCACCCUGAAUUUAACCCGGAUAACGUGGGCAAGAUCUCCGUGGCGUGUCGAUCAAUGUGCCAAUGGGUCCUUGCGCUAGAGAACUACGCGGAUGUGUACAAGAUGGUUGCACCAAAACAGAAGCGUUGCGAGGAGUCCCAGGCGGCAUUAGCCAUGGCCAAAGAGAAUCUCCGCCUAAAGCAAGCGAGUCUGAACAAAAUUCAGGACCAACUUAACAUUCUCCAGAGACAGUACGACGAUUCGGUGCAGCAACUAGAAGAGCUGAAAGUCAAGAAGAAUUUGACACUAGCACGACUGGACAGAGCGUCUGUGCUGACCACAGCACUCGCCGAGGAACAGAUUCGAUGGAACACGUCUUUGGAAGAGGUUGCCAAGCAGUGCACAGGUCUAUUAGGAGACACUUUUGUCUCGGCCGCGGCGGUCACCUACCUGGGCGCUUUCACCUCCUCCUACCGAAGUCAUCUGAUAAUGCGCUGGAUCGCCCUUUGCAAUAAGGAAAGCAUUCCGGUCGGCAGGGAGUUUGAGCUGUCUGACGUGCUCUCCGAGAAGAUCGAGAUUCAGAAGUGGCUGAAUGAUGAGCUUCCCCACGACAAGCAUUCGGUGGAGAACGCGGUGAUCAUGAAGCACUGCAGGCGAUGGCCCUUGCUCAUCGACCCACAAGAGCAGGCCGUGAAGUGGAUCAUGCAGAGGGAGAAGUCUAACGGGCUUAAAGUGGUCAAAGCAACGGAUCCCAACUACCUUAGAGCGCUAGAAGAUGCAAUCCCUCUAGGUGAUCCUGUGCUGAUCGAGGAUGUCGGUGAGCAGCUCGACCCGUCACUGAACCCCAUCCUGACCAAGAACAUCAUACUCCAGGGUAACAUGCAUGUCAUCAGGAUGGGCGAGACGGACAUUGAGUACAAUGAGAACUUCCGGUUGUAUCUGACCACGCCCUUGGCCAACCCCCACUUCCUACCGGACGUGUGCAUUAAAAGCACCAUCAUCAACUUCACGGUGACGCUGGAAGGACUCCAGGACCAGUUACUAUCACGUACUGUGAUGCAGGAGAAUCCCAAGCUGGAAGAAGACCGCCGAGAAACGCUUGUCAAUCUAGUUAAUGAUCGCUCCAAGGUGCGUGAACUGGAAGAUAGAUCUUUGUCUCUGCUCAACUCCUCACGCGGAAAUAUCCUGGACGAUGAGGACCUAAUCACUACCCUGGAUGAAAGCGAAAAGAUGGCGCACGUUAUCCAGCAGCGCGUCGAUCUCGCUGAGCAUACAGAGGAGUCCAUUAAUGCAAGCCGCGAAAAGUACCUUCCAGUAGCCGCCCGUGGUGCUAUUCUGUACUUCGUGCUGACCGAUCUCUCAUCUCUAGAUGUGAUGUACCAGUUCUCGUUACCCUGGUUCACCAAUCUGUUUGCAAACUGUGUGGAGUCUUCUAAGGACGUGUCUGCAGAAGAGACGCGCCAUUCACCUGUCCCGCCUGGAAGCGCUGGUACCCUCAGACCCUAUCGCAAGGCUAAUACAGGAAAACGCUUGUCCAUUGUGCAGCGCGCCGGUUUCAAGCGGCGAAUGACGGUUUCGCGGCCAAAAGACGACAGCUCUCUCUCCGAGUACCUCACGGCGUUAGUUGACCUAAUCACGGAGAAUGUUUACCGCGUGGUGAGCCACGCCCUGUUCGCAAGGCACAAAUUGACGUUCUCCUUCAUGCUGUGCACAUCCAUCCUGAUGCAGGACAAGUGGGCGACACGUGGUACUCUACGGUCCAUCACCGAAGAAGAGUGGAUCUUCUUUCUGAGGGGGUCUACUGUGGCUGCCAUAUCUGACAGGAUUGAUAUCGACAAGGAGGAUGAUCCUCUUGAUGCUGCGGGAAAAGGGUCCGCAACCCAAGCGAGGGGAAGUCUCGGUCAGCUCAUCAACAAAAUGAACAAGCCCCCCGCUAAAUGGAUUAGCGCAUCCAUGUGGAAGGAAUGUCUUCAGAUUUCCAACUCUUUGCCGGCCUUCUCGGGGCUCUGCAGUAACAUGGCCGUCAAUAUCCAGUUCUGGCGUAACUUUGCGAACACAGAGAAUCCAAUGGGAAUGCUGGAAAGUGGUGAGGGAUUUGUACCACCACAGACGGUGGAAGGGCGUACCUCUAGCGUAGGUUGGCUGUGCACGUCGCUAACCCGAUUCCAACGUCUGAUGCUUGUGAAGAUCUUGCGCCCUGAAUGUCUUAUCAAGUCCGUACGCCAGUUCGUGGAGGAAGAGAUGGGAACCAAGUUUAUCACAACAGUUGGUUUCGACUUGCAGGAGAUGUACGACGAAUCCAAUGCGCGCACGCCUCUCAUUUUCAUACUUUCGCCAGGCUCCGAUCCCGCGUCUCAGCUUCUUCGCUUCGCCCACGAGUUGAGGGGCACAACCCUACAUCUUGACAUGAUCUCAUUAGGGCGUGGCCAGGGACCUCGAGCCGAGGAGGUAAUCAACAAGGCAUAUCAACAGAAGGGCAAGUGGGUAUUCCUGCAGAACUGCCAGCACGCGGCCUCCUUCAUGCCCAGGCUACAGCAAAUUAUCAGAAGGAUAUCUCACUCCGAGACUCAACUAGACCCGCAGUUUCGCAUGUGGCUGAGCUCCAAACCUGAUCCGUCGUUUCCUGUGUCCAUUUUGCAAGCAGGACUUAAGAUGACAGUGGAACCCCCACCGGGAGUCAAAUCCAACUUGCUACGGACUUUUGGCGCUGUAGGAGGUGCAGUUACUGAAGCUGUAUUCGAAGACCCUGGCCCAGGCCCCGCUUGGAGACGUCUACUAUUUGGCCUAUGUCUUUUUAACUCUCUUGUCCACGAGCGGAAAAAGUUCAACGCUCUAGGAUGGAACAUUCCUUAUGAGUUUACUACAUCUGACCUAGAGGUGUCGAUUCAGAUGUUACACAUGAUGCUGACAGAACACCGUGACGUACCAUGGGAUGAGUUGUGUUACCUGACGGGAGAUAUCGCUUAUGGGGGUCGCGUGACCGACCAAUGGGAUCAGCGCUGCUUGAAGAGUUUGCUGACACGCUUUUACAACCCCAGCGUGUUAAACGAUGACUAUGCAUUUACAGAAGACCUUGUGUAUCGCCCCCCGCCGCCCAACAUCUCGCUCUCAGUAUGUUGUACGUACAUCGAGGGUCUCCCCGCCACGGAUUCCCCUGAGCUGUUCGGCAUGAAUCAUAACGCUGCUAUGGUGUAUCUGGGCGACCAGGCAAAGAACCUGGUAAGCAAUCUUCUCGCUGGACAGCCGAAGGUUGCAUUCCAUACGGGAAGCUCCAAAAAGACCAGUGAUGGCAUCAUUCUGGAGCUAGCUGCCGACAUCAUGUCUCGUCUGCCAAUAGCGGUGGGCCUUCCACCAGACAGCAGGCUUUCAACCGACAGCCGACCUCACUCCAGCCCGGGAAGCCGGACGUCCCCCCUCAAUCGCAAACAAAAGUAUACUCGCCAGCCAGUCAGCAACGCGUCCACUCAGUCUACCCUUCUGGUGGUGCUGGACCAGGAACUGAACAGGAUUGACCGGUUACUACAGGUGAUCCAUACAUCACUGAGCUCGCUGCGCCAGGCAGUCAAGGGAACCCUGGUGAUGUCGGAGGCGCUGGAGCAAGCCUUCGAGGCGCUGCUGAAUAACCAAGUCCCCUUGGAGUGGAAGAAACACUCUUACGAGUCUUGCAAGCCGCUAGGUUCCUGGGUUGAUAAUCUGGUGAAGCGAGUGGAUUUCUUCGCCUGUUGGCUGGAACUCGUUCCUGUAUCGCGUGACGAUAUAGCUAGGGGAGUUCGAGAAGGUUCUGUUACACCCUCAGCCCAGGCCUUCGCUCGACAACAUCCCCGCGCCUACUGGCUACCUGCCUUCUUCCAUCCUCAAGCGUUUCUCACUGCUGUACUGCAAACACAUUCACGCAUGCGUAAUGUGCCUCUGGAUUCACUGGCGUUCGAGUACAAGGUUCGCAAAGCAUGCUGGACGACGGAGGAAGUUGUGUAUGGUGAACCAGAUAUUGACUUCCGGAGAGCUUCUUUUACGGGUAACGCCACUGAGGAAGGGACUAUAGUGUAUGGCCUGUAUCUGGAUGGUGCAUCAUGGGAUCACACCGAUGGGUGCCUGCAAGAAGCUCCCGAUGGUCAGCGCAUUUCCCCAUUACCCGAGCUUCAUUUCGUGCCAUACCAGUUUGUCUCUGUCGAGAGCAAAGAUUCUAAGACGAAUCCGAAAUCGGACAAAACCCAAAUCGGACAACCCCCAGGGGCGGAUCCCUUCGAGCAAUACGAGUGUCCGAUUUACCGGACAUCUCUGCGAGCCAGCUCGCUACUGUCCAGCGGCCUCACAACAAAUUUUGUCACCGCCGUCAACCUUCCUUCCCGGCAGCCCUCUGAUCACUGGAUCACCCGGGGAGUGGCGUUGCUAUGCCAACUGAAUGAGUGACGUAAGCUAAGAUGAGUCAGAUUUCAAAGUCGCAUUAAUAUCACAAGUUUACUUUCGGAGGGUGAACGGAAACCUUAAUAGAAUCUAUUAGAAUCCGCGCUAUUUAACAGGCCAUCCGUUCUAGAUUAUCAAUCACAUCUUCUCACAAUUUUAAAAUAUUUUUCGCGUUUUCCUUUAAACUAAUAGGAGAUUGUUACGUAAUCGACCUGAAGUAAACUGGUGACGAUGCGGAUUUAAGUUCUCAUAUUCUUACGCUGAUUUGAUUUUUCAGGAAAAGCAAGUUUAUAUGUUUUAUAUGUAAAUAUGUUCAGAAUUUUCAGUCAUAACAUAAAAUGUUUGAAUGAAUUUUGCACGGAUUUUGCUUCCAUGAAUUAAAAAAGGCAGUAAGUAAUGAUAUUUUCUUACUGGUUCAAAGAUAUUUUCAUUCUUUAAAAUUAAUUAUUAAAAAAGAUUUAAAUCA